GACAGGGGAAGCUCACGGCCGGGCGAUCCCGCUCUCCCACGGCAGCGCUGGGCGAAGCGGGGGCUGCCGUGGCUGCCCGGCCGGGGGUCCCGUCAGGAGCCCCGUGGGAGCGGGGGGUCCUUGCCAGCCGGAGCAGGAGGGCUGACGGUAGGAGGUGACUCCUCUCCUCCCUGAAGUGACAUGGAGCAGCUGAAGUGACCUGAGGAGCCGUCGCAGCGGUGCCCGGGAUGGGCUGUGUGCCCUGCAAAGAGAAGGGGGCUGGCAAAGGGCAGGCAGGGGGAGAGGGAGGCUCCCUCCAGCCCCCUGCCUCCCAGUACGACCCCGACCCCACGCAGCCAGGGGCCGCCUUCACCCGCAUCCCCGACUUCAACAACUUCCAGGGGCCAGCGGUGCCCCUGGCCCCGUCCUUUGCGGAGCCGGGGGGCUUCACCUCCAACGUGCUGCAAACGCGGAGCGGGGGCAUCACAGGCGGGGGGGUGACGCUCUUCAUCGCCCUGUACGACUAUGAGGCCAGGACGGAGGAUGACUUGUCAUUCCAGAAAGGGGAGAAAUUCCACAUCGUCAACAACACGGAGGGGGACUGGUGGGAGGCCAGGUCACUGAGCUCGGGUGCCACGGGCUACAUCCCCAGCAACUACGUGGCCCCUGUGGACUCCAUCCAGGCAGAAGAGUGGUACUUUGGGAAGAUCGGGCGCAAAGACGCAGAGCGGCAGCUCCUGUGCCACACCAACUGCAGAGGCACCUUCCUCAUUCGGGAGAGUGAGACAACCAAAGGUGCCUACUCCCUCUCCAUCCGGGACUGGGAUGAGGCCAAGGGAGACCACGUGAAGCACUAUAAGAUCCGGAAACUGGAUAGCGGGGGGUACUACAUCACCACCCGUGCCCAGUUCAACACCGUCCAGCAGCUGGUCCAGCACUAUAUAGAGCGGGCAGCUGGGCUGUGCUGCCGCCUGGCCGUGCCGUGCCACAAGGGAACCCCCAAACUGGCCGACCUCUCAGUCAAAACCAAAGAUGUGUGGGAGAUCCCCCGUGAAUCCCUCCAGCUCCUCAAGAAGCUGGGAAAUGGGCAGUUCGGGGAAGUCUGGAUGGAGUACAACGACGGGUUGUGCCAUCUGCUCACCCACCCGUGCCCUGCUGUGAAGCCACAGACCCUGGGAUUAGCUAAGGACGCCUGGGAGAUAGCACGGGAAUCCAUCACCCUCGACGGGAAACUUGGCAUGGGAUGUUUCGGAGCCGUGUGGAUGGGCACAUGGAAUGGCACCACGAAGGUGGCGGUGAAGACGCUGAAGCCAGGGACCAUGUCCCCUGAGGCUUUCCUGGAGGAGGCUCAGAUCAUGAAGCGCUUGCGGCACGACAAGCUGGUGCAGCUCUACGCUGUGGUGUCGGAGGAGCCCAUCUACAUUGUCACCGAGUUCAUGAGCCAGGGGAGCUUGUUGGAUUUCCUGAAGGAUGGGGACGGUCGCUACCUGAAGCUGCCCCAGCUGGUGGACAUGGCUGCCCAGAUUGCGGCGGGCAUGGCGUACAUUGAGCGGAUGAACUACAUCCACCGGGAUCUCCGUGCUGCCAACAUCCUGGUGGGGGACAACCUCGUGUGCAAGAUCGCUGACUUCGGCCUCGCUCGCCUCAUCGAGGACGAUGAGUACACGGCGCGGCAGGGUGCCAAGUUCCCCAUCAAGUGGACGGCUCCGGAGGCUGCGCUUUUUGGGAGGUUCACCAUCAAGUCUGACGUCUGGUCCUUUGGCAUCCUCCUGACUGAGCUGGUGACCAAAGGCCGGGUGCCCUACCCAGGGAUGAACAAUCGAGAGGUGCUGGAGCAGGUGGAGCGGGGGUACCGCAUGCAGUGCCCGGGGAGCUGCCCCCCGUCCCUGCAUGAGGUGAUGGUGCAAUGCUGGAAGAGGGAACCCGAGGAACGCCCCACCUUUGAGUACCUCCAGUCCUUCCUCGAGGAUUAUUUCACUGCCACCGAGCCCCAGUACCAGCCCGGGGACAACCAGUGACCCAUGCUGGCACCCUCAGGAAGCUCCGGGGUGGCUUUGGGGUGAAUCUCCUUUUUUCUUUAGAGGUCGUUGCUUCCUUUGGCUGUGCCCCCCCAAAUGCCUUUGCAUUGCAGUGCUCAGGGUGCCCAGGGAGGACACAGAGCUUUGCACAAGGAUGUUGGACUCAGAGAGGAGACAAACUGUGUGCCCCAGCCCCCCCUUACCCCACUCUCUUUAUUGUCUUCACACCCAGCUUUGACUGCAGGGGGGACUGUGGGGAACCCCCAUGAGCCCUCCAGACACCCCCAGACCCACAGCAGCAGAGGGCUUGGGGGGAGCUCCCCAUGCCAGCCCCAAUCUCUUCUGGGAGCACAGCUGGGUGGGUUUCAGCCCCCCAAAAACCUGGCACUGACCUGUGGGAGGUCAUCUCAACCCUCCCUCCCGUUAUAUCUCCUUUAAUUUAUAAGAUUUUAUAUGUCUCCACCAAGCAGCCCCUACCAAGGGAUCCCAGUAUUUGGGGGACCCCUUUGUCCCCUGCCUCACCUCCUCUGCUUUACAGCACAGCCAGGUCCUGAAAGCCAUACAGACACCUCUGCUUGUGCUGGGGGACAGGGGGCCAUAAGGACCUGGGGGGACCCUGGCAGGGGGACAGCUCUGCCCCAGGGGCUGUUCCCUCCUGCCCUGCGGGGGCAGGACGAGGGUACGGGAUGGGGUCACCCCACAGCACGUGGGGAGGUCAUGGCUCAAUGCUCUGCACCGGGAAUUAAGGAGGCCUGGGGGUGUCAGUGUGAAUGUAAGGGCUUCAGAGGGUGCCACCCUGCCUGCUGCCUCUCCAGGCACUCCCAUUCUUGAGUGGGGUCCCAGCCCUGUGCCCCACAGCCAGUAACCCUCCCACACCCCUAGGGCAGGGCUGUGGGCAGAC